AUGGUGUCCUCCAGCAGUGAUUAUUCUUCCAGCUCUUCUGAGGAGGAUUCGAGGAUCCAUGCGGCUAAAGCACGUGCCAACACUGAUCAUGCUAAAAGGAUGAUAAAUAGCAUGUCUCUUGAUAGGCUGAAAGCUGCUCGUGACGAGCUCUUGGAGAGGAAAGAAAGGGAGGAGAUACUUGCUGAGUAUCGAGAGAAAAGGCGUAGAAUCCAGCGGAAAACACAAGAAGCCGAGGAGAGGCUCCGAUUCCGUCCUUAUGGUGUACCCUCAGAUUCAGAUGCCGAAGAGGAAGAAGAGGAACUUGUAUGGGAUCUGACAGAACGCAAAAGUAAGCCAUAUCCGCCUCAUAAGGAGAUUGAGCGACUGGUCAAGGCUGAUCUUCAGGCUGAGCAUGAUGAAGAAGACCUUUUGGAUGCAAUGUAUGGCGAUAUCGAGGAAGAAUUCCCUGAUAAUUCAGACAGUGAUUCCGAGAGAGAGUCCGGAGAGGAUUCUUCAGAGGAUGAAAAGGAUGAUGAUGAUGGUGAUGAUGACGACGAAUCGGAUGACUCUAACGACUAG